CCUCUCUCUCUCUCUCUAAAUCUGUCUCUCUUUUGAAAGUUCAAACACACACGUCUCUCUCUCUCUCUCUAAAAUAGUAAAAUGGAGGCAGAACUGCCAGUACGCGUGGCGAGCACCAGCAGGGGGAGAAGGAGCUUCACAGUGCCACUCACUCGAUACGCGGCGCGUCUGUUCACGCGCCACCGCCAAGAAGAAGGAGAGGAGCAGCAGCGGCAACAACCCCGAUCGGAGGAUGAGGAGUCGGGGCACGAUUACAGUUACUAUAACGAUAACGGUAGUUACUGUUACUACGGGUACUACUGGAAGGCGAUAAUGGUGGUGGACCUGGUGUGGAACUUGGGGUUCGUGGUGGUGGCUCUGGUGGUUCUACUCUCUACUUUCAAAGAGAGACCUUCCACACCUCUCAGGCUUUGGCUCUUCGGUUACUCUCUCCAAUGCCUCUUCCAUGUCGCCUGCGUCUACCUUCACUUUCUCUUUCGCAAUUCUUCCUACCCUUUCUCUCACAACAGAAUUGUGAAAAGCUUGGAGUCAAUAAAUACAAUGAUAUCAUCCAUCUGGUGGGUAUUUGGAUUCUAUUGGAUUGUUGCGGGCGGCCAAGCACUUUUGCAGGAUUCUCCUCGCCUCUAUUGGUUAACUGUUGUUUUUCUAGCCUUUGAUUUGUUCUUUAUCAUCUUUUGCAUUGGAAUGGCAUUUGUCAUUUUCGUUGCUCUCUGCUGCUGCAUUCCACUUGUUGCAUUUGCCUAUGCUAUGACAAUAAGAAAAGGUGCAUCUGAAGAUGAUAUCGGCUCUCUUCCCAAGUAUAGAUUUCGACAGGCCAAUCCGAUGGGGAUCUUUGACAAUGAUGGAAUGAAAGUUGUUGGAGCAAUGGAGUCAGGAAACAGUAAUUCUGUCAAUGAACUUUCUCUUCAACCAGAGGAUUCUGAGUGCUGCAUCUGCCUUUCACAGUAUGUAGAUGGAGUAGAGCUGUAUACCCUUCCCUGCAAUCACCAUUUCCAUUGUGGAUGCAUCAGCAGAUGGCUUCGAAUAAAUGCGACCUGCCCUCUCUGCAAAUAUAAUAUCCUCCGGGGUGAUACAUUGGUUUGACCAUUUUUUCUUGUGUCCAAAUCACAAGACAGCGAGGCUAUAUAUUUAUUGAAAGCGGAUUUGAGAGUGCAGAAUCCUGAUGGUCAUUUCACUGACCUGCUGAGUGCUGACUACUGAUGUAGAGAACAGAGAAGGGCAUAGAAACCCAAAAAAAAAAAAAAAAAAAAAAAAAAAAAAACAAAAAAAGAAAACGGGAAGAGUGAAAUUUUCUUACAUGGUUCCAGUUCCUAAACCCUUAAUUUGUAAAUAGAUUGCAUUUUCAACUCUAGUUUACAUUGACUGUAUAUUUUGUAGAUGUGGUAAGUUAGGACAAAAAGUUGGAGAUGGGGUCUUUCCUUGUCAUUUGAUUUGCAAAUUUGGAAAUCAAUUGAAAUUUCUGCUCUUUUGCAGCCACCGAACAAGUUUCACUUGACAAACAAGCCCUCCACUCCUCAUGCCUGUGGCAGGAACCAAAGAGCCAGAGGGCGAAGUAGGGAAAAUGUUGGAUUUAUGUUUUGUAGGAAUAUCUAUAUUUGUGUGGUGACAAGUUUAAAUUUUGCUUUUAUCAUGAA